UAAAACUUAAAUCUCUCUUCCGAUUCGUCAAAUAACGCCUGCCAUUUCCUCCAUCUUCCUCCUCAAUUCCGCAGAAGGGGAAUUCCAAUUGGAAACUCCGGGACGGCGACCGCCACGAGGAAGAGGAACUGCCACCCUCGACCGGCGUCGGCGGCGACUACGACGACGAUGGUUGCGGUGGCGCUGUACCAGAUGUUGGCGUUGGUGGCUUCACCAGCUGUGACUACUGCUUCGUGGAGGAGCUGCUUCGCUCUGCUUUUCCCACUCCUUUUCGUCGCAUCCUUCACCUUGGCUGCUGUCGCUGGCGGCGUCCCGGGAGCCGGCAACGGAGUUUUCAGCGUCAAAUACCGGUACGCCGGUAUGGAGCGCACUCUCAGUGACCUCAAAGCUCACGACGUUCGCCGCCAGCUCCAAAUUCUCGCCGGCGUCGAUCUUCCGCUCGGUGGUACCGGCCGUCCCAAUGGCGUCGGGCUUUACUAUGCCAAGAUUGGAAUUGGGACGCCUUCGAACGAUUACUAUGUGCAAGUGGAUACAGGAAGUGAUAUCAUGUGGGUCAACUGUAUUCAGUGCAAAGAGUGUCCUAAAACAAGCUCACUUGGUAUAGAUCUCACUCUGUAUGAUAUAAAUGAGUCGGCUUCUGGAACCUUGGUUACUUGUGAUCAAGAGUUUUGCUCGGAGGUUAAUGGCGGCCCAUUGUCAGGAUGUACAGCAAACGUGACCUGUCCAUAUUUAGAGAUAUAUGGGGAUGGGAGCUCUACUGCAGGCUACUUUGUCAAGGAUGCUGUGCAGUAUGACAGAGUUUCUGGAGACCUUGAAACUGCCUCAGCAAAUGGAAGCGUGAUAUUUGGAUGUGGUGCUAGACAAUCAGGGGAUCUGGGCUCAUCUACUGAAGCAGCACUUGAUGGGAUACUUGGAUUUGGAAAAGCCAAUUCAUCAAUGAUUUCUCAGUUGGCCGCUACUGGAAGAGUGAAAAAGAUAUUUGCUCACUGCUUGGAUGGUGAAAACGGGGGUGGUAUUUUUGCUAUUGGGCAUGUUGUGGAGCCAAGAGUUAAUAUGACGCCGAUCAUACAAGACCAGCCCCAUUACAAUGUCAAUAUGACGGCAGUUCAAGUUGGUCACGAUAUGCUAAACCUUCCAGCAGAGGUAUUUGAUGCCGGUGACAAAAAGGGGGCAAUCAUUGAUAGUGGUACAACACUGGCUUAUCUCCCAGAAAUGGUUUAUAAGCCUUUGGUAACUAAGAUAAUAUCCGAGCAACCUAAUCUAAGGGUUCAAACUGUCCACGAUGAAUAUACAUGUUUUCAGUAUUCUGGAAGUCUGGAUGAUGCAUUUCCAAACGUGACUUUCCAUUUUGAAAAUUCACUCUUACUGAGGGUGUAUCCACACGAAUAUCUGUUCCCUUUUGUAAGUAUACCACUCUGUAGUUUCUGGUUCUUUUUCAUUUCCCAGUCAAAAUACUCAACUAACUGGUUUGAUCCUUGAUUAUGUGGAUAUUUUGCUUCAAUUCUUUUCUGCCACUUAUAGAAUCGCUGUUGUUGUAUAGCUUCACCCAAAAGUUUCUGGCUGACAAGCAAACUCCAUAAUGGGACAGGGCUUCUGUGAAAAUGGCAUAAUCCUUGAAAUAUAACCUGUAAACCAUGACCAGGCUCUCAGUUCAGUAGAGGGCUACUGGUGUCUUGGUUGGCAAAACAGUGGACUGCAAUCAAGGGAUAGAAGGAACAUGACUUUGUUGGGAGAUUUAGUACUCUCAAAUAAAUUGGUGUUGUACGAUCUCGAAAAGCAAGCCAUUGGAUGGACAGAGUAUAACUGCUCAUCGACCAUUACCGUGCAGGAUGAGAAGACCGGAACAGUACAUUUAGUGGGAUCCCACACCAUUCCAUCCUCUGCAUCCAGAUUCAGCGCGGAAUGGGCCGUAGUACUCUUGUUGCUAAGUGCAUUGCUGCUGCUAUAGCGAUUUUCCUUUACUACUGCCGCGACAUACACGGAACAGUACUGGUAAAACAGAACGCAAGAUCAAGAAAAAAACUUUCUACUGAAAAGGAGAUGAUGAGUAGAUGAUUGGUAGAAGUAGAAGAUAGUGUUUUACUCCCACACCUUGGCUUUGGGUAAAUAUUUUGCUCGUCCAUAGCGAGUUGUGGGGGGGAGCUUUUAUAGAGAGAGCUUACUACAGCUAGGCUUGGUAAUUGGUGUAAAUAGACUCAGGUUUGAUCACAUUGGCCUAGGAGGUUACUCUGAUGAACACGAUAUCAGAUCAUUUUUAUGUAACUGGUUGAUGCUUGAUAGAUAAAUAGAUUUCCUUUUUGCCUUCCCCUCAUCUGCAUCUUUGCCUUGGCAUUCUGCAUACAGGGAACUUCGGUAUGCCCGAUCCAUAUACAGUGCUUCAAUUUGGCUCCUUUAACGGUCGAUUCAGGGAAAUGUU